GUCGAUAGCGGAAUAUCUCUAGCAUGAUCUUCCUCACCAACUAUCACCAGAUGAAUUUUCCUUGCACCUGGUGCUAAUCAAGCGAUUGAAGUUGUAAUGUCCGUCCUUGCUCGCCUUGGUGCCAACAUAUUGCUCUCUAGACCAGGGUAUCCAUUUUAUGAAGCUCGUGCUGCGUGUAGCAAUUUUGAGGUCCGCCAUUUUGAUCUUCUCCCAGAAAAGGGCUGGGAAGUUGAUCUUGAAAGCGUAGAAGCCCUCGUUGAUGAUAACACCAUUGCAAUAGUCAUCAUUAAUUCUGGAAAUCCUUGCGGAAAUGUUUUUACGUCCGAACACUUGCAAGAGAUUGCGGAGACAGCAAAAAAGCUAGGAAUCCUAGUGAUUGCAGAUGAAGUCUAUAGCCACCUAUGUUUUGGUAACAAUCCCUUUGUGUCAAUGGGAGUAUAUGGAUCAAUUACUCCAAUGUUAACUCUCGGGUCAAUAUCAAAACGAUGGAUCGUUCCUGGAUGGCGACUUGGUUGGAUAGCAAUGAUUGAUCCUAGUGGUGUCCUUAAGAAGUCCGGGGUUUGUAUCUUCGUUUUUCUUCUCUCUCUUUGUUUAUCUUUUGGUGCUAUUAUUUCAAUUUUCUAUACCAGAAAAAGUGAUGGACCAAGAUAAGGUACGUGACUAUGAGGAGCAAAAUGAUAAAUUACUGUGGCUCGCCAACUGGGGAAUAUAUCAUGUAUAAACAGGAACACUGAUCUACUGAUAAGACGCAAUAUUACUCUAUGAUGCUUGAACUCUCCAAGAAGGUUGCCGCACCCGUGUCGGAUUC